AUCAGAGAAGAAGGCCCUGCCUUUUCUAUAUCCUCAUCUCCAGUCGUCUCUUAGUUGAAUUUUACGCUGUGUGCUGAGACAUAUCGACCCGCCCCCGCGAAACAAGAUACACAGGCAGCGUUGAGUUGUGCUGCUCUGGGGAACUCCAUUUAAUUUCAACAUUCAGGAAACUGCGGCACUAAAACACCUCAGGAAUGGCGCUGGACAUCUAUGACUCUCAGUACCUGGUGAUCCUGGCCCCCUCCCUGGUCAUCGCCCUCAUCUUCCUCUUCUUCUGGCUCUUCAUGAAGGAGACCUCCUAUGACGAGGUGCUGGCCAGGCAGAAACGAGACCUCAAGCUGCCACCCUCCAAACCAGAAACCCGCAAGAAGAACGAUAAGAAAAAGAGCAAGAAGAAAGAGAGCAGUAGUAGAGGGGAAGGAGGAGAGUCUGAGGAAGACCUGCGUGACUUUGACGUGGCUGAUGCUGUGAGCAGUUCCACUGCGGAGGAGGAGGAGGAGGAGCCUGUCCCUGUGGCUCCACCCACCCCUGUUUCUGCCCCUGUGGCAUCGCCAGCCGAGGCCCCUGCAGGGGUGAGGGAGAGGAAGAAGGAGAAGAAAGCCGCAAAGGCAGCUGCAGCUGCUCCUCCUGCUGAGAUGCCUUCGGUGAAUGGCUCCAAGCAAGCUGGUCACAAAGCAGAGCCCCCUGCCCCAGUGGCUAAACCCAGUCCCCCCAUACCCCAGCCUGACCCUCAGCCCCCAGCCCAGGCUCAGACCCCCCCCCAGUCCUCUGGCAAGAAGAAGAAGAAGCAGAAGACAGAGGCUGUGGAAGAAGAGAUUAAGGUGGAUAAAGCUCCAGCUCCAGUCAAAAAGGAGGUUCCUGUGCCGGUGGAAACCAAAGCCCAGGAUGGAGCGGCCCCCACAGCCACCUCAACCAGUAGCAAGAAGAAGAACUCUGCCAAGAAGCAGAAGACUGAGCAUGCCCAAGUGGAUGAUAUCCAGCCUGACUCUGCAGGUCCUGCUAACCACCAUGGUGAUGCGCCCUCCAAGGGAAGUGUCAAGAAACAGAAGAAUGAGAUGGAUAAAGAGAACUCUGAGGUGAAGCUGAAGGAGCUGCUUUUGGGCCUGGGAAGUCUGGCCCUGUCACAGGCAGAGGCUGUCAGUGUGGUCACUGUGCUUAAAGAGAAGAACCCAUCUGCCCUGGACGCUUGGCAGAAGUCUGCAGCUAAGGCUGACCCCUCAUCCCUGGAGAGAGAGAGGCUCCUCACCACUCUGCAGGAGGAGGCCUCCAUCGCCAAGGACAAGGUCCAGCAGCUCAGCAAGGAGCUGCAGCAGGAGAAGCAGAAGACUGUGAGGGCGGAGGCUGUUCUGAGGGACCAGCGUGGGGCGCUGGAGAAGGAGCUGAAUGUCAUGCAGGCUAAAUCCCAGGGAGAGCUCCAGGGCAUACAGAUGAAGUUCCAGAAGCUGAGGGAGCAGCUGGAGGGUCAGAUCGCCAGGCUGCAGCAGGAGAACGGCAUCCUGAGAGAUGCAGUCAGCUCUGCCACCAACCAGAUGGAGAGCAAGCAGUCGUCGGAGCUGAACCAGCUGCGCUCUGAGUACUCUGGUCUGAUGAAAGAGCUGACGGAGAACAACAACAAGCUGCAGCAGGAGGAGCACCAGAGGAAGUCGCUGGAGGUCAACUAUAAGCAGAAUGUGUCUCAGCUGGAGGCUCAACUGCAGGAAGCUAAGCGCCGCUGGGACGAGCUCCAGAACUACCUCCACAAUGUCAACGCAGAGAGGGAGAAACUUCAUGCUGCUAAAGAAGAGCUGCAGAGCCAGCUGCUGGCGGUGGAGACCGAAAUGAGCAACAAGAACAAGGAGAUCCAGACGCUGCACAGCAGCCUGACCGACACCAUAGUGUCCAAGGACCAGGUGGAGCAGAAGGUGAUGCAGCUGCUGGAGGUGUCCCAGCACAGCCUGGCUGACAACUCAGCGCAGGUCCAGGAUCUCCUGAGGGAAAACAGUGGCCUUCAGACCCAGAUUGAGACUCUGCAGAACCAGUUGAGCUCACAGGCCACUACUGUAUCCCACUUUGAGGAGCUACAGAAGCUGCUGGCUGAGAAGGAGCUGCAGAGGAAGAGUCUGGAGGACUCCCUGAAUGGUGAGAGGAGCAGUGGUGCCAGCAGGGAAACUAACAUGCAGGCCAUGCACAAUGAGAACAUGUCACUGAAGGUAGAGCUCCAGAAUCUGCAGGCUCAGAUUUCUGAACAGACUGCUUCUCAGCUGACCUUGGAUCAGUUCCAGAGGAGUUUCCAAGAGCGGGAGGAGAACAUCAAGACUGUGGAGGACCUGCUGAAGAUGGGGCUGAUUGAGGUGGCCAAUAAGGAGGAGGAAUUGAAGACUGUAAGAGAAGAGAAGGAGGUUCUGAAACAAGAGAUGGAGGUUUUAAAGCUUCAGACUACUGAACAGACAUUGUCCGAUUCGAUAGUGGAUGCACUACAGAGCAAGAUCCAAGAGAAAGAUGAGCAGAUUAAGUCAAUGGAGGAGAGCCUACAGGCAGCACAGGAGAGUGACUCCAGCAAUGGGAUGACCAUUGAGUCUCUGGAGCAGCAGGUGGUGGGGCUGGAGCAGCUGAGACAGAAGGAGGCGGAGGACACCACCAGUGCCAGAAACCAGCUCCUAGAACUACAGACACAGCUUGCUGCUAAGGACCAGGAGAUCCAGACCCUACAGAGUGAGUUGGAGGCGAGGGCCAAGGAGGUGAGCGACAAGGUGCAGGAGCUACAGCAGCAACAGAUGACCCACACUGAAGCCCCAAGCCCGGAACUGCUGACAGCGUUGGCAGAGAAGGAGAAGCAGGUGUCUGAUCUCCAGGGAGAGCUGGCAAAGCUGAGGGAGUCCCUGGAGCUUCACAGGAGCAAGAACAACGAGCUUCGGGUGAAAAACUGGAGCGCUAUGGAGGCUCUGGCAGCCACCGAGUCCAUGCUUCAGGGGAAACUUGGCAAAGCCCUCAAGGAGCACCAGACAGCCCUGGAGACAGCUCAGGUAGAGUGUCGAGAGGUUUUGCACAGACUGCUACCCAACGUGCCUCUGCCUGCUGAACAUAACCACCAGGAGUGGCUGCAGAGGUUUGAGACUGCAGUGAAAGAGGCCCCAGCAGCAGAGGUGACCCUAGCAGCAGAGCCCAGACCUUCAGCUCCAGGGGGCUCAGAGGACACCAAGAUAUUGGCUGAUAAGCUGAAGGAAUCAGAAGAGGCCCAGAAGGUUCUACAGAAAGAUUGUGAGACAUACAAGAAAGUGUUGGCUGAGACGGAGGGCAUCCUGCAGCGCCUCCAGAGCAGUGUAGAGCAGGAAGAGUCUCGCUGGAAGGUGAAGCUGAAUCUGUCACAGACAGAGCUGAAAGAGAUGAGUGUGAAAGUGGCAGCACUGGAGCAGGAGGUGGACAGGAUGAGUGACCUCGGGGAGCUGGACAACUUGAGAAGGGACAAGCAGUACCUUGAGUCUGAGCUGGAGAGAGCAGAGCACGAGAGCGCCACCUAUGUGACGGAGGUCAGCGAGCUGAAGACCCAGCUGACUGAGACUCUGUCUAAACUGGAGACUGAGGAGCAUGAGAGGCAGAAGGUGGCUGGGGAUCUCUAUAAGGCCCAGCAGUCUCUGGAUCUGAUCCAGGAGGAGUUCUGCAAAGAGACCGGCCAGGGUGACCUGAUAGAGAACAGCAACCUCUCAUCACACGAGGAUAUUGACAGGAAGGAGAAGAAGACUGCAGACCUAAACCAAACUGUGAGGGAACUGCAGCAGCUGCUACUGGCUGUCAACCGGCAACUCACCAAGGGACAAGAGGCGGAAUCAGACUCGCCUGAAGUAUAGGGAGGGGAGGAUGGACCCUCUCUAGAGACAACCUCUCCACCUCUACCUCUCUUAUCAUGCCCUCAUCCUCUCCUGCUAUACUCCUCGCUUUCCCUUUCACCUGUACUGUAGGCAGCCUCUUGCUGACCCCAUGCCCAGUGCUGACCUAUAACCUCUGACCCCCACCUGCUCCUCCUCAGCAGGGUCAGGGAGAGACCUGGCUGGGCCCCAGAGCAGAGGGGCUCCCUUAAACUACAAACACGCCGAACACCAAACCAGACCUUACUACUGCAAAAGCCCACCACAUUCCUCAUGAUCCCAACAGCACAGCCAGAACUAAAAGCAUCCUACACAUUCAGACUGUGUGGCAUCCCCCCCCCCCUGUUUAGUACCCCCUUUUUUUCAAUGGAACGCUUUGAAUACAUCGUAUUUCUCUGUUAGUUUUCUUUGUCAAGAAGGCGAAUAAGUGGAUUCCUAAAUUAACUUUGGGUUCUUUGUCCUUUUAAGUUAAAAAAGGAAAAAUGUAUUGUUUAAAAAAGUAACUGUUGGGACCUGCUGACUGUACACUACAAUUGUUGAUCUCUUUGACUCCUGUCCUGACAACUCAAACACGUACAUGUGCUGAUUCAUGAAUAUAUAACUACUGUACAUGCAUACUUUGGCUGAGUAUUGGGAGGGGAAGGGGAGGGUCCCAGCAUGUCAGAUGGGGCACUAAGUAACUGUAACCAUGGAGAUCCGUAGAGGAAGUCUGUAAGUGCAGAGCCAGUAGGAGGGAGGCUGUGGCUUUGCCUCGCUGUGGGAGCAGAACGACAGGUCUACCGAGCUGAGGUUUUUAAUCCUUCUGUAACUAUUAGAGGAAUCCCAUAUUAUCUGUAAUCAACGCUCGCUAUAUUGUUGGUAAUUUCAUUAACACUGAAUAUUUCAGGGGGGGGGGGGGGUUUGUAACAGGUGAUCGUUAGUAAAAAGGAUGCUUGAAAAAUCUG